AUGGUGAAAGUUCUCACUGGAAGAGUUUUAAAUGCAAACUAUGGAUUCAAGGUUCCUCCGUCAGGUUUUGAUACUACUGCUGGCAAUGGCAAUAUGGUUUAUGUAAAGUUAGAAAAGAUUACAUUACAUUGCAAGGUGCAACAGCAAAGUAUUGGGAAAGAUGAUAUAAUACAACACAGAAAAGAAGGGUAA